AUGGAUGGACAAAUGUAUUGCAACUGUUUGGAUGGUGAACUCAAACGAUCAUUGAAUAAUCUUCCAAAUAAAGCUCAAAUUCUCUACCAACAAGAUCUUACUUCAUGGCACACAUCCAAAAUUGUUCUAGCAAAGAUCAAGAAAAUGAAGCUUAAUAUGUCGGAUUGGGCACCCAAGAGUUGUGACCUUAAUCCUGGACUAUCUGUACGAGGAGACAGUGAUCUUGAAACUGUUCCGAAAGGUUUAAGAAAAGCUAUUAUUGAAGGUUAUAAUGUUAAUUUGGUUCGUCUUCUUCUUCUCGAGACAACAAAAAAUAUAGCCGUAAUGAUGAUGAUGAUGAAGACAAAAAUGUUUAUCUCAAACAAAAGGAUGAUCCUCGUUUAGAUAAAAAUCUUACUAUUUCUGAAUUU